AGGGAGAGUGCGUGUGUGAAGAGAAAACUAAUAAGAUUAAGGCUGGAUUUGGGGCUCUGAGGGAUAGUUCACUUAGAUGUUGAGUAUUAGUGGUAACAGCUGUUGUCUUUCCUAUUAGAGGAGAAACUGAAGGAAAAAAAAAAGAACUUUGUUUAAAGGAUGUUUCUCUAGAAUUCUGAAGGGGAAACAAUUGCACAAGGCCCGAAGGGAACAUGUGUUCCAAGGUUGAGGUGAGGAUGAAAGCCCAGGUGGCGGUGUUAGGGUGGGUGUUCACCACCCUCUGCUUGGUCUCGUACACGGCUGCCUUCUCCCACGGAGCAAGUCUUGUGGCCUGUUUGGAUAUGAAACCCAAACAUAUCAGAGCCCAGCUCCAGAGCCCCAGGAACAGCUACAUCAUCAUCCACUCCAACAUGUCCUCCUUCUCUCCUGGUGACAAAGUGCCAGUGACUGUGAGGAGCAGUCGAGACUUCAUGGGGUUUUUGCUUCAGGCUCGCAGAGUGUCUAAUGAUGAAGUAACUGGCACUUUUGUUUUUGUUCCGUCUGGUUCCAAACUGAUGAAUUGCUUUAAAGAAGGUGACACAGUCACCCACUCAGAUAAAUCCCUGAAGAGAAACCUGUCUUUUGUGUGGAAGGCACCAGAUCAAUCCACUGGGGACAUCAAGUUCUUUUUAUCAGUAGUCCAGUCAUAUUUCGUUUACUGGGCAAGGAUUGAAUCAGUUGUUGUGUCUCAGCAGACACAAAACAGAACACUUUCUGAUAGGAGCGAGGAGCCUGGCCCUGACAUGCCAACAAUGCUGCAGAAGCCUUAUGAUCUCAAAAUCAUUCCCUCGGAAGACAGAGCUCCCAGUUCCAGUAUCCUUCUGACACAUCCAGUGGAAUUUAUUCCCACCAGCCUGACUAGAACUGCAGCGACAGGAUGGGAACACAUUCUCACAGGAGAUGGGAACCGAGAAAUUCCUGGGGAUGGCCCGAAUCCUCUCGGACCCUCUCUGAGCGGAGUUACUUCACAAAGCAGUGACGGAGGAGAGCAACCAGGCUGGCGCAGUAGCACAGACACUGACGAAAUGCUGGAGCCGUCACUCGAAGCCUGGCACCUAGAGGGAGCUUAUGCCUUGGGAAGUUUCGGUUUUGAGGAAAACUCCUCUAGCCAUCACUCCCUCGAUAGGUACUGGGCAAAUUCUGAGGUUCUUCCCCUUCAGUUCUUCCCUUUUCAUUUCAGGGCCCGCAGCUCACCAACAUCUCCUGGGACCCCCAGGUCCUGCCUGAACUGUGAGCAGAAUGUUCAGGCGAUCCCUGGGACUUCUAGCUUGGCUUUGACAAGAGCUCCUCUGCCCACAGAGAUCCUUUUCCCAGCCCACCUUCUCGGCCCUCAGCGCCUCUCAGCCACAGAGGCGGUACCUCGGCGUCUCAACGGGAAAGCCAACUCAAUCAUCCUUGGAAAUGCUCCCACAGCCUCCCCACAAAUGGCCACGAGGGAGUCAGCGAUCCCCAAAGCUUCAGCCAACUUUUUGUCCCAAUCAGCUAAAGGUGGAGAAGAGGAGGAGCAGGAGGAGGAGGGGCAGGAGGGGAAAGAAGAUGAUAAAAGGGAAGAUAGUGGAUAUACUUCUCCCUGGAUGACCAAGCCUAUGCCGGGGACUGCAAACCCAAGGCAAGAUGGCAGGGGCUCCCAUUGGGAGACCCAAAUCAUGGCAGCCCAACUGAGCAUCCUCCUCUGCCUCUCGGCCACUUUUGGGAUGGCUCUAGCUGCUGUUCUGCGCUGUCUCCAUGACCAAUAUUGCCACAAGAGAACAGAAGUGUCUUUCAGUGAACCAGACAGUGACAUCCCCACAGGGACAGAUAGUGAGGAGGUGAUGCAUGUCAAGAAAAUUCGGGAGAAUAGUUUUGUGCUGGUUCAGGCUGAGUAUAACUGGAUAACCCCUUCAGCGGGGAUGAAGAAAACUCUAGUCUGAGAACACAAUCCCACUGACUCUUUCAGAGAACCUAAUGGCAGGGCCAGUCUGAAAGAGCCAUGUUAAGCAGAAUACCUAGUGCACAGCUACCAUAACCACAUUCCCUUCUGAAUCUAUAUCAACAAGUAUUCUCCAACCCAGAGAAAUGAUGGAGGGACAGACCAAAUUGUGUUUGUUUUUAAGCAAAAGAAGGGAUACUUUGUGAGCUCUGUUUUCCUAACACUUGUAAUUUAGCUUUUUUUCCUUGCAGCUGCAAGUUCUGUUUGAAGAACUAAAUUUAACACAAUGAAUAUUGUAUAACUGGCUCGUUAAUUAAGCUGCCGUGGCCUCCACGUUCCCUAGUUGCCUUAAGGACCCAGCAGAAAUAGAAAUAGUGUCCCUCCUCGAUGUGUCAGUGUCAGCUCUCGUUUCUCUCAGAAGUUGCGGAGGUGGAGAAGCCAAACCAAACUCCCUCCCUAUGCUCCCAGGCUCCCCCCUACCCCAUCCAGAAAAUCUAACUUUAAAAGAAAAAGUUCAAAAUUGAUAAUGGUCUGAUUUAGUAGAAAUGGGUGAAAGGUUUUGCAAUGGCAUGAAUUCUCCUAUUUGCAAACCUAGAAGCCUGCCCCUUUGGCCUCAGCAAUUGAUUGGAAGGAAGCAGAGGCUGGAAAGCUUUAUUGAACUGAAUGAAAGGAAGCAAACUUGUGGUCGUAAAUGCUGGCUUUAGGGGAUAAACAAGCCGCUUCAUCAGGUGAAAAUGGAUCUGGAGCUCUCCCUGUGCAUUUGCACCUGGUGGAGCAGCUUGUUCAGUCCUACAAGCCAGCUGCCGUUCCCCAAAGACCAGCUCAAUAAAGCUAUUGGCACCAACAUCAUUUGAAGCACCACCUCUUCCGACCUUUUAGGGAAUCCAAAGAAGGGACAACUCCGGCUAGAAGCACUGCUGCUUUAUGGAGAAUCGUCUGAACCAGCAAGAGCACCCGGCUAACUGAAGUGAGUGCACCUGGGAGGUGAUGCACUUGUUUCAUAAGACUGCCAGAGACCAGGUGUUGCAAAUGAUCAUUUUCCAGUCAGCGAGUCAAUUAUAUUUACUGAGCGGCUGCUGUUGACGGGGCUCGGGUUGACUUAAAGAGGAAGAAAAGACACAUUCUCUGAGUUCAAGGAGUUGAUAGUGUAUGAGCGGGACAAGGCCCUUUUAAGAAAUGGGAUAAUCAGGGGGUCAUAUCAAGGAAUGGUGCCAGUGUUGCAAGAAAACUCAGCAUUCCCAAGGUGAGGAAAGUCAGAGGUAUAAGAUGGUCAGGAAAAUACAAAAACAGCAAAAUCAAGGGCCUGGGGCACCAUCUUCCUCUGGUUCUGUGCCCCUCUCCUGGGCUUGCCAAUUCAGCUUAGUUUAAACCCCGAGUUGAAUUUUACAACCUGGUUGCCUGCUUCUUUAAGGAGCCAGGCUGUCAUAGUUUAAGGUAAAUGGUUUACAGGUGGGAAUGCUUCAGAAAACUGAGGGAAGCAGCAUGACCUAGUAGAAAGAGCAAGGGCCUGAGAAGCAGCCCCUAGCCCUCCUACAGCAACCUUCAUUUCAGGGUAGGAGCAGAAGAGAGACGUCCCUGAUUGCUGAUGAUGGUCUAAAAGGUAGGAUCUUGCCUCCUGCAGCUUUUUCUUUCAGGUGAAAGGAGCAAAUUCAGAGAAUUCUUAUGGACUUUAUUAAUAAGAAUAGUAAUAAUAAUUGUGGUGUUAC